UUAUCGUGAGUUUUCUUCAGUGUAUCCACAGUUUGGCAAAUAGAUCGCGUAUGGAUUGUGUCACGGAUUGGAGUCCACUUCGGAUCUAAGGGAUUGUACCUGUGCUGGUCCUGUUUUAGACUUUGCUGUAGACCAUUUCUCUUUUCGUCUUUGCACCCUCGAAGUCAACGUCAUUUGGCGAAAGCCAUGUUCCAGUCUACAGCCAAGAGAUGCUUCACUAUCGAGGCUCUGGUGGGCAAAGACAACUGCACAGCCAGCGAGGAACCCGUCAGACCCACGGCUCUGAGAUACGCGGACUCAGUGCAUCCUUCUCCGUUUGGCAACGGCUUCCAAGGCGCGGGCAGGACUCUGUACAGCAGUCCCGAGCUCCUGUUCCCGGAGCCGGUGACCCACGCAGGCAGCCCCGCUGUGCCCGUGCUCCCCGGGAAUCCACACCACUUCCCCGCACAGUCAUUCUUUGCGCCACAACAGAGAGAAGCCUUGAGUUUUUACCCGUGGGUGUUGAGGAACAGAUAUUUGGGUCACAGAUUUCAAGGUAGUGAAGGGGGAGCCGAGAGUUUGCUACUUCACGGCCCCUUCACCAGGAAACCUAAGCGGAUACGAACAGCUUUCUCGCCAUCCCAGCUCCUGAGAUUAGAGCGAGCCUUCGAGAAAAAUCACUAUGUGGUGGGAGCCGAGAGAAAACAAUUAGCGAAUAGCUUGUGUCUUACAGAAACCCAGGUCAAAGUGUGGUUCCAGAACAGGAGGACUAAGUACAAGAGGCAGAAACUGGAGGAAGACAGCCCAGAUCCGCAACAAAAGCGAAAAGGGGCCCAACAUGUGAGCAGGUGGAGAAUGGCCACUAGACAGACAAGCCCUGAGGACAUUGAUGUGAUUUCAGAAGAUUAGAGACCAUUUAAAGUGGGGGAAAGUAAUAAAAUUGUCAGUAUAACUUGUGCAAUGAUCAUUUGGAGCAGCUGGAUUGAACAACAGAAAACAUCCUUUUUAUUGGAAAAAAAAGUAUUCAACACAUUUUUCCUGCUGAUCCACUCUGGACUUAUCAAGUCUAUAUCUGAUCUAGGUGCAGAACACAAGACUAGACCAACAAGCUCGGCAGUGUGACUGUACUUUUAAUUAAAAAGAAUGUUUCUUUAAAUAUGUUCCAUCUGAACACAGGAAUUGACCUUCCACUGAAACGGUCCUGGGAUUAAGUACCAAAUGGAUGAAGAUGGUUGCGACUGCAUUUAAUUUAAUUAUUUUAAGGCUGAUUUGAUUAAAGAUUGACUGUGGUGUUCACCAUCUCCACAGACAGAGCUGUGGAAGAGUGAAAUCUCUUUUACUCAUUUUAUGUCUGAGGAAUAAACAUAAAGUGACCAGCAAUUCAGGCGCAAUCUCAACAGUUGUCUGAAGGCAUUCCAGUGAGCAAGAGAGACAGAAAGAGACUUACUCUCACGUUUCUCUGAGUUUUUAGAGAGAUGGCGAUGAUCUGUAGGACUUUAGCAGCGCGGUCCUUGUGUAUGUGAAUGCCAUGAUGUGAUUUCUGUUUCAAAAUGUACAAUGUUCGUGUCUUAUAUUGUCCUUUACUAUGGAUCUGUGUUUUCAAUUGUCUUGAUUCUGGAUUGUAUAUAUCUAUGUGUGUGUCACAAUUGAUGACUGGUGUGUGUGUACCGCAAUAUAAUAAGGAAAUAUUUUUUUCCACAAUAAAAUAUAAGAACUUG